AGUCUGGCAGGGAGUAAGCGCUUCCCAGCCGCUGCAUCUGAGCACAACAGUCUGCCUGGGCUGCAGACAUAGGCUGCACUGUGAAGAUGGCUCUUCCCUGGAUCCUGCUGCUGCUGGUGAUCAUCUCCGGCCCAGGGCCUAGGCCCACAGCAGGUGCCCAGAAUAGCUGUUCAUCACGCUGUGGGGACCGGAAUGGGUUCUGCUCCUGCCACCCAACCUGCUCUGGCCUUGGUACCUGCUGCCCAGACUUCUGGGACUUCUGUACAAGGAUCUCACCCUAUUCAGGCUCCAUGAUGGGUGGCAAGGACUUUAUGGCACAUUUCAAGUGGUCUGGUGACACAGAUGGUGUGAUCUGCAGGUUUAAGGAAAGCAUCGAGACUCUUGGCUAUGUGGACAUCUUGAGGCAGGUCCACUGCAUAUCGCCCUUGCUCUAUGAGAGUGGUCGCAUUCCCUUCACCAUCUCCAUGGACAAUGGCCGCACCUUCACUCACUCAGGCACAUGGCUAGCUGUUCACCCCUACAAAGUGUCUGAGACCGAGAAGAGUCAACUGGUGAAUGAGACCCACUGGCAAUAUUAUGGCACCUCGGGCACGGCUGGUAACCUCAGCCUGACUUGGAACACCUCAGUGCUGCUCACACCAGUUGUUACCAUUGAGCUGUGGGGCUAUGAGGAAACAGGUCAGCCAUACUCAGAGAACUGGACAGCAAAGUGGUCUUUCCUCUACCCCGUGGCUACAAAUAUCCCCAACUCUGGCUUCUUCACUUUCACUCCAAAACCUGCACCUCUUGAGUAUCAGAAGUGGAAAGUGGGUGCUCUCAGGAUCAUCAGCAGCAAACAAUACCCAGGGCAGAAAGAUGUGCAGGCAAUCUGGACCAACGAUCACGCACUGGCCUGGCACUUGGGUGAUGACUUCCGGGCAGAUUCUGUCACCUGGGCCCGUACACAGUGUCUGAUCUGGGAGAAUCUGGAAGACCAGAUGCCGGAUUUCUUGACAGAACUGCUUGACUGCCCUUGCACCCUGGCCCAGGCCCGGGCGGACACUGGCCGCUUCUUUGUGGACUACGGCUGUGAUAUUGAACAUGGCAGCGUCUGUACCUACCAUCCCGGGGCUGUCCACUGUGUGCGCUCAGUGCAGGGCAGCCCCAAGUAUGGCUCAGGCCAGCAGUGCUGUUACACAAAGGACGGCAGCCAGCUCCUCACUGCAGACUCAACGAGUGGCAGUACCCCAGAUCGUGGACACGACUGGGGUGCACCCCCAUAUCGUGCACCACCCCGGGUUCCCGGCAUGUCCCACUGGAUGUACGAUGUCAUCAGUUUCUAUUACUGCUGCCUCUGGGCACCUGAAUGCCACCGCUAUAUGCGCCGGCGACCAUCUAGUGACUGUCGCACCUACCAGCCUCCACGCCUGGCCUCUGCAUUUGGGGAUCCUCACUUUGUCACCUUUGAUGGCACCAAUUUCACAUUCAAUGGGCGUGGCGAGUACGUACUACUAGAGGGGACGCUGACUGACCUAAGGGUGCAGGCACGAACUCAGCCUGAGAGGACAACCUAUGGCACAAGGGACGGAGGCACAGGGCUAACGGCAGUGGCUGUGCAGGAGGGCAGUUCCGACGUGGUGGAGGUGCGGCUGACUUUCGUACCAGGCUUCCUGGAGGUGCUGCUCAAUCAGGAGGUGCUCAUCUUCACUGAGCAGAACUGGAUGGACUUGAAGGGUAUGUUCCUGUCAGUGGCUUCAGAGAACAAGGUGUCAAUCAUGUUGUCAUCGGGGGCUGGCGUGGAGGUCAGCCUGCACGGCUCUUUCCUGAGUGUGUCCAUCCUGCUGCCUGAGAAGUUCUUGACCCACACCCGUGGCCUCCUUGGGACCCUCAACAAUGACCCCACCGAUGACUUCACCCUCCGCAAUGGGCAAGUGUUGCCCCUGACAGCCAGUGCCCAGCAGUUGUUCCAGUAUGGGGCCGACUGGGCCGUGCACAAUGCCUCCUCACUCUUCACCUAUGACACCCAGAGUUUGGUCCACAACUUCAUGAACCAACCCAGACAUGACCCCAACUUCAAGCCCCUUUUCCCCGAUGAGGCCACCCUCGAUCCCAGCCAGGCAGAAGAGGCCAGGAAACUCUGUGCCAACGACCCUUUCUGUAUCUUCGAUGUGGCGGCUACUGGGAGCCUGAGUGUGGGUAAUGCCACGCGAGUCUCCUCCCAGCUACACCAGGAGCGGCUGAAGCACCUACAGCCUGUGGUGUCCUGUGGCUGGCUGGCUCCCCCUUCCAAUGGGUACAAGGAGGGCAGUAGGUACCUGAUGGGUUCCACCAUCCACUUUCGCUGCAACAGUGGUUACAGCCUGGCUGGGGCGGAGACCAGCACCUGCCAAAGCAACGGAGCCUGGUCUGCGGCCACCCCGGAGUGCCACGUAGGACGGAAUUACACCGUGCUUCUAAGCAUCAUCUUCGGAGGCCUGGCCGUGGUGGCGCUGGUUGCUGUCACCUAUGUGUUGCUACGCCGCAGGAAGGGCCACAUGAACAUGUGGCGUUCUCAACCCUGAAGCAGAAACCAGCGAGGCCAGCUGUCUUGCCACGGUGGAGACCCAGCCUCCCAAGAGAAGAUCCUGGACUCCAAAUAACACGUACCUCAGUCCUGUGAUUCUUGCAUCCCUCGGGCUGGACGCCUGAUACCUGGGCCUGUAACACCUGUGGACUCAAGACCUCAUGCCAUAUCUGUCAUCUCAGACUCAAGGCACAAUGCAGGUGUUCGUAACCUUUGAAAUACCCUGCCAUCAACACUCUGCAUUCUGUUCCUCUACGGCAGCUCUGAUUCCUCAGCCUGGAGACUUUUAACCUGGAACUAUAAUGCCUGGGUCCCAACCCUAAUCUCCUGCAUCACAGAUUGCAACUCCAAUCCCUCCCCACCCCCACACAGCGUGACGCCCAUGACCCUUACCCUUAAUGAACUGGGACUUGCUGCUCACCCUCCUAUGGGGCUUCCAUGCUAAGCUGCCCUGGUUCCGAAACCCUGGACCCAGCUUGUGAGCCAGGGUGGGCUCUGCUCCAGGGUAAAAAGAGAGCAAGAACCCCAGCAGGGAAGACAAUCCUGUGCACUUCAAGCUUGUGGAACGGUCCUGGGAUACCCUUUCCCGUGUGUGUAAAGAGAAAACAAGCUCUCUUGUCCUUCUGUGGUGGUCUGCCACUCACA